CUCGAAUAUCAUGGUCUGUAUUGCUUUGUACCGUCUCUAUGCCCUUCGUUACCCGCUCUGGACUUCUACAAUUGGUCGAGGCCGGGUGUCUAGGAUGUUAUUGCUGGCUUGGAGUGUGGCUGUGAUCACUAUGCUUCCUCAAUUCUACGUCUGGAGAGAGGUGGACUUUGGUAACUUCCGCCAAUGUGUUACAAUAUGGGCGGAAAAGAUCAAUCUUGGUUCGAACGAAACAAAAAUGACUGAUGAAGACCUUGCUUUGAUGAAGAUCUACGGCAUUCAGAACGCUUGCGUCACGUUCUACAUCCCUCUAAUAAUUUUGGUCAUUUGCUAUGUGCUCAUUCUAAAGGUGAGCCUCGUUUUUUUUCAAUUUCACAAAGCCACUGAAGGGUAA